CUUCCAGAACAGUGUAGGGGUGGGCGGGACGCGUACCAAAUGCAAACAUGGCGGCGUCCUUAGAUGAUGAUGAUUUUGAGUUUGAUAACCAGGAUUACUACUCUCUGCUCAACGUCAGGAAAGAGGCUACAUUGGAGGAGCUGAAGGCGUCAUACAGGAGGCUGUGUAUGCUCUACCAUCCUGACAAACAUCGAGACCCAGAGCUGAAAAGCCAGGCUGAACAGCUUUUCAACCAGGUGCACCAAGCAUAUGAAGUGCUGAGUGAUGCUCACUCCAGAGCCAUCUAUGACAUCUUUGGGAAGAAAGGGUUGGAGGUGGAAGGCUGGGAGGUGGUAGAGAGAAAGAGAACUCCGGCAGAAAUCCGUGAGGAGUACGAAAGGCUGCAGAGAGAAAGAGAAGAGAGGAGACUGCAGCAAAGAACUAACCCCAAGGGCACCAUCAGCGUGGGUGUGGAUGCAACAGACCUGUUUGACCGCUAUGAUGAGGACUUUGAAGAGAUGCCAGGAGGUGGAUUUCCUCAUAUUGAAAUCAACAAGAUGCACAUUUCCCAGUCCAUAGAGGCUCCUUUGACAAACUCUGAUACGGCGGUGCUGUCUGGUUCCCUCUCUACACACAAUGGGAAUGGUGGGGGCAACAUUAACAUGACCAUACGAAGGGUUACAUCAGCCAAGGGCUGGGGAGAGGUGGAGUUGGGUGCAGGAGACAUACUUGGACCUCUGAUUGGGUUAAAGGUGUUUCGCAACCUCACCUCACGUUGUUUCUUGACAGCCCAGUGUGGUUUGCAGUUCUCACCUCGAGGUCCGCGGCCAAGCUGUUCUCUGAUGACAGCACGCCACCUGGACCAGAACACCAUGGGCUAUCUGCAGUGGCGCUGGGGGCCCAACAGUGCAAUGACCACCAGCCUGGUCCGAGACACAAAGAGCAGCCACUUUACUCUGGCUCUGCAGCUGGGUGUGCCUCAGUCCUACCUCAUGAUGAGCUACCAGUACAAGUUCCAGGAUGAGGACCAGACCAAAGUGAAAGGCUCUGUGAAGACAGGCUGGUUUGGUACUGUGGUGGAAUACGGAGCAGAGAGGAAGAUCAGUCGACACAGUGUCUUGUCAGCUACUGUCAGCAUCGGGGUCCCUCAGGGAGUCACACUCAAGAUCAAGUUGGCGCGUGCCAGUCAGACGUACCUGUUUCCUGUCCACCUAACAGAUCAGCUGCUGCCCAGUGCUGUCUUCUACGCCACUGUGGGACCCCUGCUGGUCUACAUGGCCAUCCACAGACUGAUCGUCAUCCCAUAUACACAAGCACAGAAAGAGCAAGAUCUGGAGCUGCAGAGGAAGAGCUCGGCCACAGACAUUGCCAAGAAGAAGCACGAGGCAGAGUCUGCUGUUCUGCUGAUGCAGGAGUCUGUAAAGAGAAUCAAAGAAGCGGAAGAAUCCAAGAUGGGUCUGAUCAUCCUGAAUGCCUGGUAUGGAAAGUUUGUGUCAGACACCAGCCAGAAACAGGAGAAAGCAAAGGUCAUCGAUGUCACUGUGCCUCUGCAGUGCCUGGUCAAGGACUCCAAACUCAUCCUGACCGAGGCCUCUAAGGCGGGGUUGCCGGGCUUCUACGACCCCUGUGUAGGAGAGGAGAAGAGUCUCAAAUUACUGUACCAGUUCAGAGGUGUCAUGCACCAGGUCAUCUCUGCAGACACCGAGUCGCUACGGAUACCCAAGCAAUCUCACAGAAUUGAGUCUGAGUCCUAGGAACCCACCACUGUUGUAGACACCAGAGGACAAAAAACAAACAAAACAGACCUUGUGUAAACAGAAGAACCCAAGAAUGACGAGGACACAACAUUGAGUGUGUUCCUCUUCUCUGGUCCUCUAUAACAUGUUAUUAGUGAAUCUGUUUAUCAAGUUCCUCCUCCUCCUCCUCCUCCUCCUCCUCCUCCUGUGGCCCGUCUCCAAGGUUCAGCAGAAUACAGGAGUCAGAUCAGAGUUUCUACAAGAUGUUACCGUUUGUGUCCCUAGUCUGCUACACCUGACAGGGCUGCUCAAAUAUCUGCGUGCUGCAGGAGAUCAGACAUGGGCACUGAACUUAGUUUUUUAUAUGCACUACACAGAGGGUACUGAUGUUCACUGCGGACGUGGUGACCCUUUCCGUGAUGAUCUAAUGAUGAGCUAAAAGUGCACAUACAAUUAUGGAUGUAAAACGACAGCACAGCUCAUAUACUUGACAUUUGAUACGUCAGUUAUAUAAGCUCUGCUGUAAUUUGACCCCAUAUCAUUGUUGUCUUUGUCGUGUAAGUCUAUCACCCUGGUAGGUUUGAAUCUAAUAAUGUUAUAACAAACCAGUCGUUUCCCUAAGUUGUGCAAAUAGUUAGAGUAACACUAUGCAGGAUCAUGUCUCAGUGACCCUGAGGCUGGACUGAGGAUUGAUUGCUUAACUCAUGUUAUUGUUUACUUGUUGAAAUGUCCCAUCCUUAUUUAUUAUGCCUUUUAGUGACAUGUCUGCUGCUCAGGUGUAAACUGGUGCUCAAAAACUUGUAUCUGUGAUAGUUGGGAUAUGGAAAUUGGAUGAGGGAUUAUACAGAGAGGGAAAGUGCUAGAGAUGCCCUUUGAUGGUAGUUAUCAAACCAAGGAGGGAAAUGCUUGAAUUCUCUUGCAAUUUAAAGGCAGAAAAAAUAUUCAUUACAAUGCUUUUAAUAAGUUCAUAGUUUGUACUUCACUGGGGUACAUCCAGCCCUAAGCCCCUGAUAACGGAUGGAUUUGUAAUAAACUAGCAAAAAUGGAGCUAUGAAUGACGGUUUUCUGGUUGUGAUGCAACCUGUGGAGGGGUUAGGUCAACACUUUACCUCACAAAGGCCGUGUUGCUGCCAAAACUGUCACUGUGACACACAAAUAAACGUGUGACUGGAGCUGACCUGAGCCACACUGAAACCAUUCUACGGAUUAUGGCACAUGUACACGGCUGCAUUUAUCUGUUUGACUUUGUUCAGUUUGUACACCAGUCCUGUGCCAUAUAUUUUAAUUUGACGCCCUCUGUCCUUUUUUUUUUUCAACAUCGUAUUAAUCGGCCAAUGUCAUGUCAAUUCUUAUAUAUGGUAUAUGAUGUUAAAACUAUGCGUGCCACUUGGCUGUCAUUGAGGUGAUAAUCCAUACACCAACAAAUAAUUUGUCUGUUUUCUUAUUAGCGUGGUAAGGUUGACACGGGGAAAUCUAACAUGCUAUGAUGCACUUUCUGUUCAGAUACAGACGUGCUGUUCAAAUUAAUUCCAUUUUAUUUAUAGUAUCAAUUCAUAACACAUUAUCUCGAGAAACUUUACAGAUAGAAUAGGUCUAGACCACACUUUAUAAUUACAAGGACCCAACAGUUCUAGUAUUUCCCUCCAGAGCAAGCAACAAGUGUGACAGUGGUCAGAAGUGCAUGCUGAUAUUAUUAACUCUGCCAGACUGGGAGCCUAAUUGAAAUUAAUGACGGCUUUCUUGGUCUGCCUAUCUUUCUUAUUACACAGUAUUCAAAAUGUUUGUAAUAGUAAAUGGACAUUUAAUUAAAUUAAAAUUACAACUAAAACUCCUAUUUGUGGAUUGACACCAACUACAAAGGGAAAUGC